CCCCCCUCCUUUGUCCCUCCGUCUGCACGCUGGCUCGCUCCGAGGCGCUUUGGGGCGCUGGAUGCGUUAGGAGGGGCCAUCCGGGGCAGGUGCCGCUCACCUGGGCCGAGCAGGGAAGCCCCCUUUCAGGCGUCCGUCGCUCCAGCCCGGCCCUGAUGGCGCGCCGGCUGCCUCUUCAGCCCAGCUCCGGUCCUUCGCUCGCCACCCUCCCGUCCUGGCGGCUGUGAGACCAGCCCCGGCUGCUUUCUUGGUUCGGAUGAGCCGCCCGCAUCCCGACGCCGCACUGCGAUGCUGUUUUCCUGGUGCAGCCCUCAACCUUGAGCUCAAGAGCCACGAUGCCAGAGACUGGGGCGGCAGGACCGGCGGCGAGCGUCCAGGAGAACAAGCGAGGCGGAGGCGCUAUGGAUGGGGAGGCGGCCGCGCCACCUGCCACCGGGGUCCUGGACAAGCUGUUUGGGAAACGUCUGCUGCAGGCUGGGCGUUACAUCAUGUCCAAUAAAUCGUGGAUGAAAACGGUCCCCACAGAAAACUGCGAUGUGCUGAUGACUCUGGCAGAUACAACUGAUGACCACACAUUACUAUGGUUGUUGAACCACAUCCGUUUGGGAAUCCCAGAGCUCAUCAUCCAGAUUCGGCACCACAAACACACCCGGGUCUAUGCAUUCUUUGUCACAGCAACUUAUGAAAGUUUGCUCCGGGGGGCGGACGAGAUUGGCUUGCGGAAGCCUGUGAAGGCUGAAUUUGGGGGUGGCAUGCGCAGUUUCUCCUGCGAGGAAGAUUACAUCUACGAGAACAUAGAAAACGAACUCUAUUUUUUCACUUCUCAGGAACGUCAAAACAUCAUCAGGUAUUGGCUGGAGAACUUGCGGGCCAAGCAGGGUGAAGUGCUGCAUAACAUCCACUUCCUGGAAGGGCAGCCAAUCAUCCCUGAGCUGGCUGCUCGUGGUAUCCUUCAGCAAGUCUUCCCCAUCCAUGAGCAACGGAUUCUGAAUCGGCUGAUGAAAUCGUGGGUACAAGCCAUUUGUGAAGCCCAGCCUUUGGAUGAAAUAUGUGACUAUUUUGGAGUGAAGAUUGCCAUGUACUUCGCAUGGUUGGGCUUUUACACAUCAGCCAUGGUAUAUCCUGCUGUCUUUGGCUCCCUUCUCUACACCUUCACAGAGAAUGACCAGACCAGCCGGGACAUUUGCUCUGUCAUAUUUGCCAUCUUCAAUGUUAUCUGGUCCACGCUGUUCCUGGAGGAGUGGAAACGCCGAGGAGCCGAGUUUGCAUACAAGUGGGGAACUCUGGACACACCAGCAGAGUCCAUCGAAGAACCUCGGCCUCAGUUCCGGGGUGUGAAGCGCAUCAGCCCAGUAACCAACACGGAAGAGUUCUACUACCCGCCUUGGAAGCGGUUACUCUUCCAGUGUUUGGUGAGCGUGCCCAUCUGUAUCUUCUGCCUCUCCUUUGUCUUCCUUACCAUGCUGGGCUGCUUCGAAUUGCAGGAAUUUGUGCUGAGCAUCAAGGAGCUGCCACGCCUUGUUCGCUUCUUGCCCAAAAUCAUGCUGGCCGUCAUUGUCACCCUCUGUGAUGAAAUCUACAGAAAAAUUGCCUACUGGCUAAAUGAUAUGGAAAAUUAUCGCUUGCAGAGUGCCUACGAAAAACACCUCAUCAUCAAAAUGGUCUUGUUUCAGUUUGUAAAUUCAUACCUAAGUCUUUUCUACAUUGGAUUCUACCUCAAAGACAUGGACCGCCUCAAGGAGAUGCUGGCUACACUCCUCAUUACCCGCCAGUUCUUGCAGAAUAUCAAGGAAGUCUCUCAGCCCCACUUAUACAGCAAGUUCAAGCGUGGUGACUUCAGUAUGCAAAACCUUCGGGAGGUGACCCACACCUUCUUCCGCCUGCUGACCCAGAAGUACACCUUCACCACUUCGUGCGGCACCAACCCUCGGCAUCCCAGGUAUGGUGACUCGCCGGUGGGCCACAGGCCAAAGGUCCAUGAGGCCCCAGAGGGGGCCGUCAAGGGGGAGAAGAAAUGCCUCAAUGGAGGGUGCGGCGUGCCUGAAGAAGAGGACGAGGAGAAGAAGGAAUCGGACUCAGAAGACGAGAGCAUCAUUGACUGUGGGCUGAAGCUGAAAAAAGUGAGCUUUAUUGAAAAGGCUGACCGCAAAACGGGGGAUCCCAGUCUAGAGGACAUGAGUUUCUUGGAAGAAGGUAGCCCCACCAUGGUGGAGAAAGGGAUGGACCCCUCCUCUGUCUUUGAGCUGUGCGAGGAUGAUGAUGAGAGCGAUGAAGCCUCAGAGAGCCCGUUUAAGGCCCUCCCGGAUGUUAAGGAGCCAGCUGUUACCAUGCGGACUCGAAGGCCGCGGGUGGGCAAGAACCUCACAGAAGGCGAGGAAGAAGAGGAGGAGGAUGGUUCUGGGAAUCGAAGACAGGCCCGGUCCUCCUGGAUCGAUCCACCAGAGGAGAACUACACCACGCAGCUUGCCCAAGCCGAAGUGGAGAGUUGCAUGAAAAAAUAUGAGGACACUUUUCAAGAUUACCAGGAGAUGUUCAUCCAAUUUGGCUACGUGGUCCUUUUCUCGUCGGCUUUUCCCUUGGCUGCAAUGUGUGCCCUCAUCAACAAUAUCAUUGAAAUCCGGAGCGAUGCCUUCAAGUUGUGCACGGGACUCCAACGGCCCUUCGGGCAGCGGGUGGAAAGCAUUGGAGAGUGGCAGAAAGUGAUGGAAGCCAUGGGCGUCCUGGCCAUUGUGGUGAACUGUUACCUGAUUGGCCAGUGUGGGCAGCUGCAGCGUCUUUUUCCCUGGCUGAGUCCUGAAGGUGCUAUAAUCUCUGUGGUGGUGCUAGAGCAUUUUGCCCUUUUGCUCAAAUAUAUCAUCCAAGUCGCAAUUCCUGAUAUCCCAGCCUGGGUUGCAGAAGAGAUGGCUAAACUCGAAUACCAGAGGCGGGAAGCCUUUAAGAAGCAUGAACGACAGGCCCAGCACCACUUCCAACAACAACAGCGUCGUAAACGGGAGGAAGAGGAGCGUCAGCGCCACGCCGAAUAUCAUGCCCGGAAAGAACGGGAGAGCAGCCGGGAGGAAGGCAAGGCUAAUAGUGGUGGGCAGGAUCCUGGACACGAGAAGAGCCAGCCCAAAGGGAAGGGUUCAGGAGGGUCGAGCCACGGAUCCGAGAAACCCAAACGGCCCAGCUCCCUCCUGGCCACCAACAACGUCAUGAAGCUCAAGCAGAUCAUCCCUCUACAGGGCAAGUUUUUAUCAGGGAGCACGGGGGCAGCUGGCACCGGGACGGCCCGCUUACCCCAGUCCCCCACUAGUACUGAUAACAAACUACCUGGGUUCCUUAGUUUCAAGUUCCUUAAGUCCCCAGAGACAAAACGGGAAGCCAACACCGAGAAGGUGCAGUCACCCACUAAGCCUUUCAACCCCAGCAAACUGUUCAACUUCACCAAAUCCGAAGGGGGCAAUGGGGCAUCGUCCCCUCCGCGGCCCGGCCCUUCGGCAGAUGCAGGCGAAAAGCCUUUGGCCAGCAGAUCCCAUCUCAACGGGUUGGCAGAUGAGGAAGUGUCUGAGGACCUGGAGAUACGAACAGUGGUGGAGGAGGAGGGGCCGAGCCACAAACUCUAACCAAGAUGUUAGGGCGUGAGAGCUGGGAAGAGGGAUGAAGAGGGAAGGCGUGGGUUGCUAGUUGGUUCCUCAAGCAGAACUGGGGCAGCCUCUGAGUCGAGUUGGGAGAGGUCUGCUGGGUCUUUCAGCCCCUUUCCAAGCAAUUUCAGGGCAGCCCUUGCUGAGAUUUACACUGGGGAAAAAGAAAGUUGAAGAUGGUUCCAGGGAGGCUUUGAUGGCUUUGACCAGGAGGCUCAGUUCUGAUAUGGAUGGUUAUUGAUCUAAGUCAGAUUUUAAACCGAGAAUUCCCAAAAGAAUAAGGAAAGCAAAGGAAUUGCAAGUUAGAAGUGAAGGAUAUGGAGCAGAGGGUAGAGGGGACUUCCACUAACCUUUAACAGGUUAUUUUACAUAUCUUUCUCCUUAUUUUAUCAGAGCUUGGGCCAGGAAAGCAUCCUAGAUUUUCUAAAUGUUAACCCACAUUCAGAAUUUCCAGAUGCAUCUCUGUCUUUAACCCGGAUGGACAAGACUGCAAAAAAGUUGGUGCAAUGCUUUGUUUAAGAAGUCACAACCUUUAAUCUUUAACCUUUAAUGACCUUUAAGUCAUUAAUCUUCAUUGGAGUGUUUUUACUUUCCCUCCAAGAGCCCUUUCAGGUAUUAGAUAGAAUUUCAGCCAUAGCUAGUGUAGUCUUUCCCUGGAUGUAAAUAUUUUGAAAAGAGAGACACAAAUACUAGAAUCUGAUGGGAGGAAGCUUUGCAUUACUUUCCCCUCCUUCCAUUUAAAUC